GAUUUAGAGGAUACCUGUAGCCUACAUAUGCCUGUUGAAGUUAUACUAAUUGUCAAUAAUAAUUGUGGAAUUGGACUACCCUCAAAAUGGUCUGUAGCCAAAGUGUAGAAGAAUUAUUCAACUUGUUUUGCCCAAAUACUUAUACCUCAAACUGGGCAUAGAAUAUCUCCUGGAUGAAUCUAUCACAGAUUCAUGGAUUUCAUCGAUUUAUGUAGACCGGAUAUAGGACUUAGCAAACUCUGCCUCUUCCUUUCUGGACAAGAAUCGCCGGCCAACAUGGCUCCGAUUAAGAAGCAGGUCGUCAAAAAGACCAAGACGGGUGGCAAGAAGAAGAAGCAGGCCCUGAAGUUCACCCUGGACUGCACUCACCCAGUGGAGGAUGGCAUCAUGGAUGCUGCCAACUUUGAACAGUUCCUGCAGGAGCGCAUCAAGGUCAACGGUAAAGCUGGGAACCUAGGUGGUGGCGUGGUGUCCAUUGAAAGGAGCAAGAGCAAAAUCUCUGUGAAUUCUGAGGUGCCAUUCUCCAAAAGGUACUUGAAAUACCUGACCAAGAAGUACCUGAAGAAGAACAACCUGAGGGACUGGCUGCGUGUGGUGGCCAACACCAAGGAGAGUUAUGAACUGCGAUACUUCCAGAUCAACCAGGAUGAGGAAGAGGAGGAGGACGAAGAUUAAAUCCAUGCUUUCUUUUGUCAAUAAAAUGUUUAAAGAACAAAA